UUGAACCAAUAAAAUAAAAGGGACAUCGAUAUUUAUUUAAGCAAAUUAGCUUACUAUAAAUAUAAGUCGUUAUCGAGGUUUCAAGACUUUCCACAGGCACUUCGCAAAAACUUCAAAAAUGAUUCCUACAAUUUUAGCUGUGUUAACUAUUCUCUGUUCUGUUGGUGUAAACUUGGGAGAUGAAACUCAACAGCAAGUACACCAUCACAAAGUCACUGGUCAACCAACUCACGUAACUCAUGUUCACCGUUACACACAUCAACAAGCUGGACAAGGCAAUGGAGGACAAACACUUCAAGGAGGCGGAGGUGAAGGAACACAAGGCACACCUCAACAGCACAUGCGUGUUCACAGAGUCACUGGUCAACAAGUAACUCGUGUUCAUAGGGUCACAGGUGCCUUGCAACAGCAUCAACAUCAGCAAAAAACUCAAGGUCCAACUUCGUCAGGUCCAUCUUCUGAAAUAUACGAAGUAACGUCUGAAGUAAUAUCUGGAGUUCCAACAUCAUCAGAAAUAUACGAAGUAUUAUCUUCUGUAAUAUCUGGAGCCCCAACAUCUUCUGUAAUUUAUGAAGAAAUAUCUGAAGUAAUAUCUGGAGUUCCAACAUCUUCACAAAUCUAUGAAGUAUUAUCUGGAAGUCCAUCAUCUUCAGAAAUCUAUGAACUAUUAUCUGGAUCAGGACCAGCAGUAUCUCAAUUAUCAGAGGAUAUUUACGAAUUAUUAUCUGGAGGACCAUCAUCUGGAGGACCUUCAUCUGGAGGCUCUUCUGUAGAAAUAUCUCAAGUUGCAAAACCUGCAAUUCUGGGGGCCAAAGGACAAACUUCACAAGUUGCUCCUGAACUGAGAUCAAAUUAUGAUGCUUCUCUGAAAAAUGGUGGAUACAGUUUUGAAGGAGCUUUUGGAGUUAAUCAAAGACGCAGAUGCGAUCGUGGACUCAUUGAUAGAGCAGCUACUGGAAGUAAGUUUAAAGAAAUUUAG